AAUAGAAUUGAUUGUUAUAACUGUUUUUUAUCUCCCUAUUCAAAAUUCUUGAGAAUAGGUAUAAUCGAUUUUGAAGUGAUAAGGCAGUGGUCUUUUGUGCGUAUCUUUCAUUAAUUGUACAUUCCCUUUUAUAAAGAUAUUCUUAUAUUAAAAAGAAAACAUGGAAUCUGCUUUUGUGCAUCUUGAAGAAAGCGUUCAAAAGGCUGAUGGAAAAUUAGAUAUGAUUGCUUGGCAAAUAGAUGCCUUUGAGAAAGAAUUUGAAGAUCCAGAUAGCGAGAUAUCAGUAGUUCGUUUGUUACGUUCUGUUCAUCAAGUUACAAAAGAUUAUCAAAAUCUUCGUCAAGAAAUUUUAGAGGUUCAACAGUUACAAAAACAACUUUCUGAUUCUCUCAAGGCUCAGCUAUCUCAAGUACAUGGUAAUUUCAAUUUACUUCGUAACAAAAUUGUGGGACAGAAGACAUCUCAAUUAAAGUAAGAUAAAUAAUUUUGAAAUGAUUAUUGUUUUCUUAUUAUUUCUUAUUAUUUAGAAAUAAUUGGCAAAUGAUUUUAUCACAAUUAUAUUCUAUGUUCUAUAUUUUCUUAAGUAUAUCUCUUAAGUAUAUUUAUUUCAAAUAAGUUUUCCAUUUAAGAACUUAAAUUUAGUUAAACAAACAUUAUAAAUAUUCUUAUUAAUUUUUAUUUCCAUCAAAGCUCAUAUUCUGUAUUCUAUAAAUUUGAACAAGAAUAUGAUUAAUAUCUUUUAGAAUAAAUGCUAUUUGUUCAGAAUUUUCAGCUUUAUAAUAUAUAUAAAGUCUCAUCAAUGAGUAAUAAUCAUUCCUUUAAAAAAUUUAUGUAACUAAAAAGAAUAAAAGUGAUAUAAAAUAUUUUGAUUUUAAUUAAAAACAAAUCUUACAUUUCCUUAUUUUUCAAUUUUUCUUUCAAUUAUAUUUUCUUUCCAAUGAUCUUAUAUUUAUUGUAAUCUAAUUUUUCUAUCCCUUAAUUUUACAUAUCACUUUUAUUCUUAACAUUUCACAUAAGAUAAUUAAACCAUAAACGAUUAGAAUAUAUAAAUUUAUUAAUAUCAAGUCAAGUCUCUUAUCUAAUAACUAUCUUCAAAGCACUACUUAAAUCUCGAUAAUUGGUUUAUGAAUAAGAUGGGAUCAAGUGUUUUAUUGACAAAUAAAUGAUGUAAUACGUGCCAUAAAUUUAUGGCAUUGGGGCCAAUCUAAUAUGCUCGUGCAUUCAAGUUUGGAAGGUCUUUAAUAAAAUAUUAAUAGUGAUUCAAUUAUUUUAAUGUAUUAAUAUGUUUUAGAAACUAUUAAUAAUAUAUCAUAGUCAAUAUAUUGUUACAUUAUUACAUUCAAUAAUGAUAUAAAAAAGACAAAAAAAAUUAACUUUCUAUCUAUACCACCAAGAACGCACACACAUGUAUGUUAAUUUCUCUAUUUCAACAAUCUUUAAGAAGUGCACUGAUUAAAUAUUCACUUUGAUAACACCAUUUAAUACUAUCUUUGUCUAGAGAUAUUAUUAAACUAUAAAUUUUAACAUAUUUUUUUUCCAUAAUAUUUUCAUUUCCUAAAAUAUGUGCAUUGAAUGUCUUUAAAACAACAGGAUAAGUACAACUUGCAAAAAAAAAAAAAAAAAAGAAAAGAAAAGAAAAAAGAAAAAAAAAGGAGAGUUUUGUACUAAAUUGGGAAAGAAAUAUAUUGCCUUACCAACAUAGUUGCGCAUUUACCCAAGUACGUGUACUAUGUUAUAUAAUGUGAAAUCUGUAUUAUUAUAUAUACUAUAUUUAU